AUGGCUCAAUACUCGACAAACAAGGAGCCCAUCAAGGCCUCGCACCUCGAGCUCGGCCUCGUAGGCGGCCUCUCCAUCUCGCAGGCGCUCCUCGUCUCGCCCAUCGUCACCAUGGUCCGGAGACGCAUCGGCACCCGAUGGACCCUUCUCAUCGGCACUCUGCUCCUGUUCACAUCCCUCUUGGCGGCGUCCUUCGCCUCCAAGGUCUGGCACCUGGUCCUGACGCAGGGGCUCUGCUUCGGCUGGGGCAUGGGCUUCGCCUACGUCACCGCCUCUGCGCUUCUCCCGCCGUGGUUUUCCUCCCGUCGAAGUCUGGCCGUGGGCCUGGCGACGGCGGGUUCGGGGAUCGGCGGCUCGAUGUACAGCCUCGUGGCCGACCGAGUCAUCCGCGCCUGGGGGCUGGGCUGGGCGUACCGCGUGCUUGCCUUUGCCGCGCUCUCGGCCAACCUGCCGGCCUCGUUCCUGGUGCGCGACCUCCACCCCAAGCCGCGGGACGUGGCGCCGGGCGGAAUCCGGUCGAGCAGCUUUGACCCGCGCGACUUUGGACGGGUCGAGGUCUUCCUCAUCGUGGCGUGGGGCUUCGCCACGGAGCUGGGAUACAUCAUCCUGCUGUACUCGCUGCCCGUGUACGCGGCGUCGGUCGGGCUCACGCCCGCGCAGGGCUCCGCGGCGAAUGCCCUCCUCAACCUCGGCCUCGCCGUGGGCCGCCCGCCGCUGGGCUACUUCAGCGACACGUUUGGCCGCAUCAGCGUGGCCGGCGUCACGACGCUGCUCUGCGCCGUCUUCUGCUUCGCGCUCUGGAUCCCCGCGCAGUCGUUUGCGCCGCUGCUCGUCUUCGCGCUGGUCGCCGGCAUGCUCUGCGGGACCUUCUGGUGCGUCAUCACCCCGGUGCUGGUCGAGGUCGUGGGCAUCGCAAAGUUUGCCAACACCUUCGGCGUCAUCUGCAUCGGCCUCGUCGUGCCCACCACCUUUGCCGAGCCGAUAGCCAUGAGGCUGGUGCGGGGAAACGCCAACAGCAACCGGGCGUUCAUCCAGGCGCAGCUGUUCGCGGGCCUCAUGUUCCUGGUCGGGUCGCUGUGCCUCUGGCUGCUGAGGUGCUGGAAGAUCUUUACCGACGCCGAGAGGCGAGGCGAGUCCGUGACCGCGCUCGAGAGGCAGCAUCGGCAUUGGGCGUCUUGGGUUUCUCCCCAGAUGCUCUUUAGCACGCAGCGGGUGUAG